CUUACGGUCACCCUGAAAGCAAACGUGAAAAAAACGAGUGUGUUCUGCAUGCAACGUAACGUUGCGUCUGGGAUAGAAUCCGGUAAAUCCUCUCCUUUUAUACUUCUUAUAGCAUGAAUAUAGUAUGAAUCGAAGUGUGAACCAAUUAUUCAAAAUCUGAACUAAGUAGGAAAGGCAUGGGCUCGUCCAAGAAGCACAAGGAUCGCGACAGGGACGAAAAACGACACAAGCACAAACGCGACAAGGAUCGCGACGCAGAUGAGCGCAAAGAGCACCGCGAGAAAAAACGGCACAAACACCGGCACCGAUCACGGUCACCGAGGGACGACAUCGGAGAGGCCGACAAACGGGACAGACACGACAGGAAAAAGAAGCACAGGCAUGACAAACGGGACAGAAGCUCCAGUCCAAGUGAGGACGGUGGCCGUGCUGGCCCCGUACCGGACACUUUUGUGGACGAGGUGUUUCAAUUGGUGAAGGAAGAAAUCGACGGGGAAUCAAAAAAGAAGAUUGCUCCAUCAUCAGCUGGAGCAAGUGGUGGCAGUGUAAAAGUUGAGAAAGACCAAGAACCCAUUAGUGAGAAAACUGGCAGCGGUUAUGUUGAGUCUCUCAGCAUAGCAGAAACAAAUAAAAUCCGAGCCAAGCUCGGCCUGCCCCCUUUGAAGGUGGACGGGAACGCAAGCCAGCCGACAGCGGAAGGCGGGGAUGGAGCGAAGAAAGAGGGGGAGGAUGUCCACAAGCCAGCCGUCAACCUCGGGGAGAAGAGAAAGGCUGAGGAGAUCAAAGCCAAGCUGGCCCUCAUCAAGGAGAAACGCAAGAUCAACCAGAAACUCCAGAAAGUCAAGAAGAUAGCACAGCAAGAGGAGGACCUUGACGAUGUAACGGCCUGGGUGGAGCGUAGUAGGAAGAACCAACUGGAGCGAGACAUGGCUGCCAAGCGAGCCAAGAUGUUGGAAGAGAUGGAUGAGGAGUUUGGCAUUGGCACACUGGUGGAGAAUGAGUUCGCUCCCAAGAAGGAUGAGGCGUAUUCCUCCAAACACAUCCGUGACUUGAAGGUCUUGCACUCAGUCGGCUCUUUCAAGGAAGGCAAAAAUGUCAUCCUGACCCUCAAAGAUGCAGAUGUCUUGGGAGAGGAUGAAGACGAGUUGAUGAAUGUCAACAUCCUGGAUGAUGAGAAGGCGGCUAAGAAUGUAGAACUCAGGAAGAAGAAGAAAGACUACCGGCCCUACGAGGGAGACACCAUCGAUGAAUAUGGGAUUAUGAAACCGCGUGACGUCUUAACCAAAUAUGAUGAAGAGAUCGAGGGAGCUAAGAUAGAAUCCUUCAGGCUCGGUGACUCGGCAUCUUACGAUGAUGAAGAAAAAUGUCUGGAGAGAAUACGAGCAAACCUCCAAGCUCAAGCGGUCAGUCUGGACUUCAAGGCACCCACCCUGGCCAGCGAGUACUACACACCGGCCGAGAUGGAAGCCUUCAAGAAACCCAAGAAGAAGAAAUUCAAACGCAAGAUCAAGAAGAAGUUCACCGUAGACGACCUGACACCAGACGAUGCUGAUGCCUCCGAUGACCACGGUUCAAGAGGAAGAAUGAGACGACGUCCGGCGGAAGAUUCCAUUACAGACAAUGGGGAGGCACCAUCAGUGGAGGGGCUAGAUGGAGACCAACAGCCAAUGGAUAUGGAUCUGGAUCUACCAGAUGUAGAACAGUCUGAUAUCAUGGGACCAGACGAAGAAGAUGACUUAUACAGCGGGCCACCCAUUGAAGACGAGGCUGAACAAGAACUCCAGAUGGUGCUUUCCAAGGCUCGCAAACUGAAGCAGAAAAAGAGCAAAACGCAGGCCAAAGUGGAAGAGAAGAUCGCCGAGGAGGUGGCCAAGAUCCAACAGGAGCCCAUGGAUGCGGAAUCAACAGCGCCCUCAAUAGCUUUGCCUCUCAUCGGCUCGUCGUCAGGAGCGAGCAAGGGAAUCAACAUCACGCUGAAUUCUACGUCCGAGUUCUGCCGCACUCUGGGGGAGAUCCCUACAUAUGGUUUGGCAGGAAAUCGGGAGGAAGACGAGGAUGAAAUUCUUGACUAUGAGCGGGAGAGGCAGGAGAUGGAGGAUCUUGGAGAUGAAGCAGGGCAAGAAGGAUGGAGCACUGUCAAUCUGGAGCAGGAAGAGGACACUUACACAGGGCAGGACGUGGCGGGGCCCGUCUUGGAGGAGGAGCCGACGGUACAAAUGGGUAUCGCCGGCGCCCUGAACCUGGCCGUGAAGAAGGGUUACAUAGAGCAGGAAUUCAUCAAAGCUGUGCCCAAGUCUAAGAACGUGGAGGAUCUGGAGGCAAAGAAUUUCACUGUUGAGGACAAGAACUACAAUGAUAUUGAUGCUAAAUACAAUAAGCACGACCGGUACCGGGGGCCCCUGGCUGAUUUCAAGGAAAAGGAAGGUUACAAACCUGAUGUCCAGCUGAAAUAUGUGGAUGACAAUGGACGGGAUAUCAACCAGAAAGAGGCAUUCCGCCAAUUGUCUCACCGUUUCCAUGGCAAGGGGUCAGGGAAGAUGAAGACGGACAAACGUGCCAAGAAACAGAUGGAGAUCGAGGCAAUGAAGAAGAUGUCUUCUACAGACACUCCCCUGAACACGGUGGCCAUGAUGAAACAGAAGCAGAAACAGACCCAGUCUCCAUUCAUCUUACUCAGCGGUGGAUCCAAGAGCCUUACAGCGAACACGUUAGCAAAGUAAACACCAUCCUCAGCUGUAAGACGUGAACCAGAGUCAGGCAGAUUCAGCUGUUGCAAAAAAAACCAGCGGACAUUAUUGCAAAACCCGUCUGAUGGUGAUGAAUGUUUGUGUUUACUGCGGUAGAUGGGUCAUCAUCACACUUCAUUUUUUUGAUCAUAAAAAGGAAACAUUGAAAGGAAGUAUAUUUUGUACAUUGUAUUAUAGUUUUAGUGUAAUUUGAGUAAAUGACAUCUGAGAUACUUUAUACAAAUACUUUUUAGGGCAAGAAAAUGGUUUAUAGAUUGUCCGUUCGAAAAGUGGGUAAUAAAUUGAAUGUUUUAAAUGGUUGUAUCAUUUUUUUUUAUUCAGUGUUUUUUGUUCAGCUCAAGAGCCACAUCUGGACACAGGUUCCUAAAAGGGCUAAACUUCAAUAAAUAAGUUGCCUAUGAUUCAGUUGCCACGUUGCCUCUUCAUUCAGUACUUUGGGUCAUAAAAUAUCUUUGGGUUACCUGGGUUCGAAUGUGGAACAGUGAGUUGCCAGCACCACGUCAACAAUUGUUGCAUGCCAACUAAAACAACUGCCUCAGCUAUAGUUGGGACUGUCCCAUGUGUAGUUGCAAUAGUCCCAACUAGAGUUCAGAUGAACCCAACAAUAAGUUGGGAUCGUCCCAACUGUAGUUGGGGUGAUGCUUGAGUUGGGAUGGAUCAUAAUGACAUUUCUAUGCAUGCAAGUGUUUUGUGUUCAUGGAAUGAGUCUGUAUAUUGUAUUGUGUUGGUACAUAACUGUGUUGAACAGGUUGACGUAUACCUUGUUUCCAGGACUGAUACAGUUCUCAGUUAAUCUUGUGCCGUACGUCAGGCCAAAAUUGGUUUUAAGGAAUCUUGUCCAAAAUGACUUAAUUGUGCUUUCCUUUAAUUCCUUUAUAUUAAUUUCACAAGUUCAAGCCCAAUUGAUAUAUGAAAUAAAUAACAGAAUAUUUUCAUUCCGAUUUCUCAAAAGUGUGGUUAUGGGAGACUGUGCACUUACAUGCCUAGCUGCCAGACAGAUGAUAAAAAGGGACGAUGUAAAAGAUGAUUAACAACCAAAGUUUUAAUGUUUCGUAUCUCCGUCAAACUGGUAUGCAGAAAGCAUUGUUGAACAUUUUCCCUGGCUAUUAAACAAAACAAUUGCCGUGUACUUUUUGAAAUUUCGGUAAUUUUCCCUCCUAAACCAUCUGAUAUAUCACUAUGGCUUGCUAAGUUACAAAAAAAUAUAAUGUUUGAAAAAUGUCAUUUUUUUUUGUGUUAAUGACUUCCUUUUUAUUCAGCCAGAUGUUUUUAUCUUAAAUAUCGGCUGUCAACUGGGCAAGCAGAAGUCAGUUAUGUUUUUGUUCACUUCUUGCAUACAUGGAGUUCGAUGUGUUAUUUGCACUGGUCUUUAUUCAUUUUGAACCUCUCUGAUUUCAAUACAGCCCGGCCUGCACUAUACGCUUUCUGUUUGUUGACUUGAUAUCUGGGUAAUAUAAAUAAAGUGUACAGAACAAAUUCAUCCAAA